ACUGUGUACUGCUUGCCUCAAAAGAGAAUUCAGCCCCAGUAAAGCUCGGUGGCUUCGGGGUAGCAAUUCAGUUAGGAGAGUCUGGGCUAGUUGCUGGAGGACGUGUAGGAACACCUCAUUUUAUGGCCCCAGAAGUGGUAAAAAGGGAACCAUAUGGGAAGCCUGUCGAUGUUUGGGGUUGUGGCGUGAUCCUUUUUAUCCUGCUAAGCGGUUGUUUGCCUUUUUAUGGAACCAAGGAAAGAUUAUUUGAAGGCAUUAUUAAAGGAAAAUACAAGAUGAAUCCUAGGCAAUGGAGCCAUAUUUCUGAAAGUGCCAAAGAUCUGGUACGCCGCAUGCUUAUGCUGGAUCCAGCAGAAAGGAUAACAGUAUAUGAAGCACUGAAUCAUCCCUGGUUAAAGGAGAGAGAUCGCUAUGCAUACAAGAUUCAUCUUCCAGAAACAGUAGAACAAUUGAGAAAAUUCAAUGCAAGACGAAAACUAAAGGGGGCAGUACUAGCAGCUGUGUCAAGCCACAAAUUCAAUUCCUUCUAUGGUGACCCCCCUGAAGAGCUGCCAGACUUCUCUGAAGACCCCACUUCCUCAGGACUUCUAGCAGCAGAAAGAGCAGUCUCACAGGUGCUGGACAGUCUGGAAGAAAUUCAUGCACUUACAGACUGCAGUGAAAAAGACUUAGAUUUUCUUCACAGUGUUUUCCAGGAUCAGCAUCUUCACACGCUACUAGAUCUUUAUGACAAAAUAAACACAAAAUCUUCACCACAAAUCAGGAAUCCUCCAAGUGAUGCUGUACAGAGAGCCAAAGAGGUAUUGGAAGAAAUUUCAUGUUACCCAGAGAACAAUGAUGCAAAGGAACUAAAGCGUAUUUUAACACAACCUCAUUUCAUGGCCUUACUUCAAACUCAUGAUGUAGUGGCACAUGAAGUUUACAGUGAUGAAGCGCUGAGAGUUACACCUCCUCCCACCUCUCCAUACUUAAACGGAGAUUCUCCAGAAAGCGCCAACGGCGACAUGGAUAUGGAGAAUGUAACACGAGUUCGACUGGUGCAGUUCCAGAAGAACACAGAUGAACCAAUGGGAAUCACUUUAAAAAUGAAUGAGCUGAACCAUUGCAUUGUGGCAAGAAUUAUGCACGGAGGAAUGAUUCACCGGCAAGGUACACUACAUGUAGGGGAUGAAAUCCGAGAAAUAAACGGAAUCAGUGUGGCAAAUCAAACUGUAGAACAACUACAAAAAAUGCUUAGGGAAAUGCGUGGAAGUAUCACCUUUAAGAUCGUGCCAAGUUAUCGCACACAGUCUUCAUCCUGUGAGAGAGAUUCCCCCUCUACAUCCAGACAGUCCCCAGCUAAUGGUCAUAGCAGCACUAACAAUUCUGUUUCGGACUUGCCAUCGACAACACAACCAAAAGGACGACAGAUAUAUGUAAGAGCACAAUUUGAAUAUGAUCCAGCAAAGGAUGACCUCAUUCCUUGCAAAGAAGCUGGCAUCAGAUUCCGAGUUGGUGAUAUUAUCCAAAUCAUUAGCAAAGAUGAUCACAACUGGUGGCAGGGUAAACUUGAGAACUCCAAAAACGGUACUGCAGGUCUUAUCCCUUCUCCUGAACUUCAAGAAUGGCGAGUUGCUUGUAUUGCCAUGGAGAAGACCAAACAGGAGCAACAGGCCAGCUGUACUUGGUUUGGAAAGAAAAAAAAGCAGUACAAAGACAAAUAUUUGGCAAAGCACAAUGCAGAUCUCGUCACAUAUGAAGAAGUAGUAAAACUGCCAGCAUUCAAGAGGAAAACACUAGUCUUACUAGGUGCCCAUGGUGUUGGAAGAAGACACAUAAAAAACACACUCAUCACAAAACACCCGGACAGAUUUGCUUACCCCAUUCCUCACACAACCCGACCUCCAAAGAAAGAUGAAGAAAAUGGGAAAAAUUACUACUUCGUAUCACAUGACCAAAUGAUGCAAGAUAUAUCAAACAAUGAAUAUUUGGAAUAUGGCAGCCAUGAGGAUGCAAUGUAUGGAACAAAACUGGAAACAAUACGAAAGAUCCAUGAGCAGGGACUAAUUGCAAUACUUGAUGUAGAACCUCAGGCAUUGAAGGUCCUGAGAACUGCAGAGUUUGCUCCUUUUGUUGUUUUUAUUGCUGCACCUACGAUUACCCCAGGCAUUAAUGAGGAUGAAUCUCUUCAGCGCCUGCAGAAGGAGUCAGAAAUCCUACAGAGAACAUAUGCACACUACUUUGACCUAACAAUUAUCAACAACGAAAUUGAUGAAACUAUCAGGCACCUGGAGGAAGCCAUCGAGCUUGUGUGUACAGCCUCACAGUGGGUCCCGGUCUCCUGGGUCUACUAGAGCGGUCAUGAGAGAAUUGAGGGGGGGGGGGAAAUAAAUCUGUCAUUACUGGGAACCACCUCAUACAUGGAAAACCUCUUUGUUAUUGACCUUGUGUCAACAGGUCUUGGCCCCUAGAGACUACCUAGAUGUAGUGUGACCUAAAUUUAUAAUUAUUGUCAUGUCCAAAUAGAUAGGAGGAGGGGGGAAAACAAAUUAAACACUAAUUUAAAGAGACAGUAUCUUUUUUUUUUAAUCAUUUCUCCUAAACUUUAAUAAAAUGUAUCUUUAAAUAUAUGUAUUAUUCAGUCCUUUGGAAUGUUAUAUUUUUGGAAAUCAUAGCUUUUUAUUUCAAGGGCCCCUAAAAACUGCACAAAAUAGAUGCUGCUUUCUAUAAUCUAUUUUAAUAGUAAUAAUAAUAUGAUUCUGUUACCUUAACUUGGGGGUGGAACACUACAUUCUUUUUAGAGUCUGAUUUUAUGGAUUGGAAUACUUUGCUUUCCUUUAUUUAUUUGAAAUAAUUAGCCUAGUGGUUACGAAACAAAUUCAUGAAUUUUAAAGGCCUUUCUUUGCUUUUUUUUCCCCCUAGGAUAGUAUUUUUGAGUACUUUUGAGUAACAUCCAGAUAAUGUGAUACUGUCUCUUUGAAGAACUCUGUAAAACUUUUAGAAAUUUGAAAUUGGGUCUUGACUCUUAAUGCAUGUGGACAGUCGCAAGCGUUCAUGCCGUUGGUGUAUCUGUGUUGAAAAAACCUGUAAUCUACAGCAAAGUACAUUCCGUUCAUGGGAACACGUACCCAAGGGAAUAAAGUAAAAUAUUAUUCUGACUAAGUUGUAAACCUAUGCACAUCCCUUGCAUUUUGGGCAACUUUAUAAAAAAAAAACAAACAAACUGAUUUUUAUUAAUAAUAAUCAUGUAGUGAAAUGUGUUUGUAAUUUUGUCUCAAUUUAAUUUGUUGUAAGGUGGGAGGGGGCAAUUACUGGUUUCACCAUUUCAGAUCUGUGUUGUCUGAGAGUAUUAACGUUUUAAUUAAGUUUAAGCAAAGAAAUGCUGAUUUUUAAUAUGUAUGUAAUUGUUAAAAAAUGCACACAUUUUAAAAAAAAAAUACUGUGCAAUGAAGAAACCAGUUUAGGCAUUGCGAUAAACUGACUAUUCCAAAAGACUCAUCUGCAACAGCCCUGUAAAUUCCUUUAAAAAUGGUAAUUGACUCUACAGUCUGACCAAUUUUUUUUUUAUUUUAAAUAUACUUCCUUUUAUGUGUUCAACAA